AUGUCCGCUUACGAGAACAGGGAGAAAUGUCAUUUUUACUACAAGAUCGGUGCUUGCCGACAUGGCGACCGGUGCUCUAAAAAGCACACGCGUCCCGUCAGAUCCUGUACCAUCGUGAUCCCAAACAUGUACCGCGCAGAUGCGUCGGAACAAGACCAACAGCGUGAUUUCGACGCUUUUUUUGAAGACGUCUACAUCGAAGCUUCCAAGUUCGGCGAGGUCCGAUCAAUGGUCGUGUGCGAAAACAAAAACGAUCAUCUCAACGGGAACGUCUACAUUAUUUUUAGCAGACCCCAAGAUGCACAGGCGGUGCGUGACAGCUUCAACACGCGCUGGUACGACUCGCGCCCGCUCUACUGCGAUCUCUCGCAUGUCUCGGGUUUCCACGACGCCAUUUGUCGCAAACACGACAUGCAAGCUUGCGAACGCGGCGACGAGUGCAACUUCAUGCACGUCCAUCGGCCCUCGCCUGCACUGCUCCAGGAUCUUGAGUGGGCCCAGCAGAAGAAGUACCAAAUGGGCCUGAGCGUCGGUCAGAGCCGAGCAGAGGCUAACCGUGGAAGGUGA